AUGGCUAGCAGACGGGAGGCAAGAGAGAUGGUUGAGAAGAAUACUAACCGAUACGGCUAUCUCUCUGACGACAUUCUCAGCCAACUUGAUACCGAAGGUCGUCGCAAGCUUGAGCAGAACUGGGCGAUUUUGGAGUCAGUAGCAGGGCAUUCCGUCCAGACUCUUGCUAAGCACAUAUAUGGAAGCGGUGCUCGAUUUGUUUUUGAGCUGCUCCAGAACGCCGACGACAACUCUUUCGAACGGGCCACGAGGAACGGAGAUACCCCGUACAUAUCCUUUCAAAUUCACCCAGAUCGCAUAAUUGUUGAAUGCAACGAGGAUGGGUUCAAUGAAAGGGAUCUAGGCGCAAUUUGCUCUGUCGGACAAAGCAGCAAGGCUGGAUCUCAUGGCUAUAUAGGCGCUAAAGGCAUCGGUUUCAAGUCGGUUUUUAUUGCCGCCUGGAAGGUUUACAUACAAUCCCGUCACUUCUCCUUCUACUUUCGCCAUGAGAAGGGGGAUUCAGGUCUGGGCAUGAUAAGGCCUAUUUGGAAAGAGCCAGAAGGGGAUGCUCCUCUUCCAUUUACCCGCAUGACUCUCUACAUCCACGAGAACCGGGAGCCUAGAGAGCUUCAACAUUUGAAGGCAAUCAUUUUCAAGCAAUUUGAGGAUUUGCAAAAGACUUGCCUGCUUUUCUUGAAGAAGAUCAAGAGCAUCAGCGUGUCAUUUUACAACGAUGCUGGUAGUCUCAAAGACUCCAAGAGCUUCAAGGCCGCGGAUGCUGGUGAAAACAGAGUUUCUCUGGAGACUGUAUCUGAAAUCGAGGGACAGCACAUCCAAGAGCUGCGAUACUAUCACAUCACGAAGCAUACAGCGACAAACAUUGCCAGAAGCGACAACCGAGAUCCUCCUAAUACAGAGGAGGCACGGCGAUUAUCAGCCACUGCUGAGGUCGUCCUGGCAUUCCCGCUCACGGAGAAUUUCGAACCGUUGCUAGAGAAGCAAGAAUUGUUUGCCUUUCUUCCUAUUAGGGAGUCGCAAUACAAGUUCAUCAUUCAAUCCGAUUUCGAUACCAGCGCCAAUCGACAGGACAUUGUCACCUCAUCAAGGAGGAACAUGAGCCUUCAAGAUGGGAUCGCUUCUGCCUUUAUGAAAGCAGUUCUACAAUUCUUUCACGAUCCUGCUUUAUGCUAUCAAUGGCCGCGAUUUCUACCGUCAACAGAAUACAGCAGUAAUAGCUUUUGGUCAAGUCUCAACGAGAAGAUUAAAUCUCAGAUUUUAAGAACCGCUAUGAUGCGGUCACGGCAUCGAAUGCAGCCUCGUCUCAUAACUGAAAUUUACAAACUCACUAAUGAUUCCAUCGACGAAAAUGGUGACUGUUUGUACGACGAUACCAGCGAGGAUCCUUAUAUAUCUAAACUGUACGAAAGAAACGAUAUAUUAAUACUGCUAAACUAUGGACUGAGAAUUGGGACCACGGAUAUGGUUCUUAAGUUACUGAAGUAUGAUCUCAAUUCACCAAAUUCCAGAAUGAAAGAUUUCUCUAGGAGCCAGUCGUGGCAUUCACGUUCUGCCAUUACGCUGGGAAAAUGGGCUACAAACCCUAACUACAAAAAGACUGCUGCAUCUAUAAGAACACUUCCUCUUAUCCCAUUACAGAGCGGCCACUGGACUUCUAUUAGUAGCGGCCAGGUGUAUCUCCCUAUGACCCAUUCCAUCCCCAUUCCAUUGGAUUUGGGGUACAGGCUAGUUGAUCCGAGAGCUCUUGUUAACCCGGACCGUGAGAAGUUAUUCAAGGACAUUGGCGUUGUUGAGGCACAAGUUGCGCAGGUUCAAAACUCGAUUGAAUUGUUCUACAAUACACCUGGACAAAACAUCACCCUGGAGCGGUCUAUCUCCCACCUCCAUUACUUGUACCUCACUCAUCAUGAAGGCAACAAGCCGUCAAAAGUCGAUGAACUCGUCAUUUAUACAGAAGACAGACAUCUUAUGGAUCCAAAGGGGGGAUGGUAUAUCUAUCUUGCAAAUGACCAUCCUUGCGGGCCGAAGCGGCUCUUUGAACGGACAAAAACUGCGCCGGGCUACGGCGCGUAUUAUCUACAUUCUUCUUAUCUUGAAAACCCGCCAGCGAAUGAGUCAAGUCUGCUUUCCUGGGAAGAUUGGCUAUAUACCUUUGUGGGUAUCCAGAGGCGCCUGCCAGUUGAUCAUGGAGUGGCCAAGCUCUCAAGUGAGAUCAAGUACAUUGCUAAGCAUCGCCCAGACAGAUUCCUCGAUACUCUAGAGUAUCUUUGGAAGAAUGAAAGUUCCUCAGUGAGGGAAAACGAAAAGAUUAAAGAAUUAAUCCAAGGUUUGUGGAAAUACGAACAUUGUGAGGCUGAGGCAUUGUUAUCUUGGGGUCCAAACUCUUUUCAGCCCUGGCUUCCAGUCCCGCAUCUAAAGAAGAUUGUCGCCAAGUAUACUCAUGGUAGUGUAUUCUUUCCAUUUCUUCGGUUAGAUGGCUUUAAUAUCGGGGAUGUUGAAGGAAAGUGGGCAUUUCUCCACAGAGACUUCAACGUUGGCAAAAAUGACGACAUCGGGUUCUACCUUGAGAUUUUAUGUCGGCUGGCAUGGUCAGGGGAGGGGAUAGAGAGGGUCAGUGAUAUAUUUGAAAUUUAUCAGACAAUUGAAGCAAAAGCCACGAUUGCGGACAACCGAGCAACGACAUUAGCAGAAGUUAGGAGCUACAUGUUCAUAGAGUGUCUCAUACUAUCACCAAAGUAUCAGACAGCAUCUGGCAAAUUUAUUGAUCAGAAAUUUGUGGGGGAUGGCUACGACAUCCGAUGGGAAGGCCCCCCAGACCUGGAAUCCAUGUCCUGUGUCGCCCAGCGUUAUUGGCAAUUCCUAGAUGUUGGUCAAAUGCAAAAAUUGACUAUAUUCUUCCACGAUACUCUGGGUAUUCAAGACGUCUCAUGGAAGGACAUUGUUGAGGAGCUUAGAUGGGUCAGAGAGAGAAAUGAGGAAGAUGCGGACCAGGUCGAUUUUGAUCGUGUCAAAGGGCUCUAUCAAUUCGUGGCCCGUUCCCAAGCAUCCAAGGCCGAAGUAAAGAUGAUUUUCAACGAGGACCGACUUAUCUAUGUCACCAGACACGGAGCUACUGGUUGGUAUAGGUCGUCCGAUUGUUUGUGGUCAAGCACAUCGGAGAUACGUGGAAAGGUUACACUAAAUGAUGAUUACGACAGCCUAGAGACUUUUUUCACGGGAGAAUUGGGUGUUCAAUCCCUCACACUUCAGAUGCUGUACGAUGAGCUUCGGCAUGCCGGCGGCCAAAAAUCCAUCGAUGAUAUCAAAAACCACAUUUGGUCGCUCAAUACGCUCCUGCAGGCCGAUCAAACGCACAUUGACCCAGCUCCUUUACUAAGAGAAGCUAUUCUCCCCGUCAAAUACCCUGGUGGGGGCUUAGCUCUAGGAAACAUCGACGCAGUAUUUGCUGUUGGUGAUGAUCGCCAGCUCUGUGGUCGCUUACAAGCCUACAUCAACCUGCUCGACUACGAUUUUGAAGAGAUUCGACGACUGAAGCCCUUUAUUUGCUGGGCGAAAUUAGACGAAAGGUAUGUUUCUCAAUCGGUCCGGGAGUUUACAAGGGUUUCUCCCUCAGCAACGAGGCGACCUAUCACAGAAGAGAAGUAUGACAUUAGUCGCAAAGCGUACGCGAUUCUACGUCUUGCCAAAACUUUUCAGAGCCCCAAAUAUGACGAAGAUGACCCUGAGUCUCUGUAUGAAGUCCUCCGCGAAGCUAAAGUCAUCGAAUCUGACGCUAUCUGUUCUGUUAUCUCAAUAUCUCAAGAUGAAAAGUCGAUUGACCUUGAGGAGACUGUUGGAUUGUGCCAUAUUGAUGAUUCACAGAAGAAACUCAGAAUUUAUGUGCCGCACAACAAGAAGCAGCGGAACCUCUCCUUCAGUUCUAUCCUACCGAACAAGUUAACUGACUGGCUCAUGAGGAAGUGGAAUUCAAAAAUAUCUGGCAAGGAAGACAAAGAUGCGAUCCACAUUCUCAGAACGAUCUUGUCCUGCGAUGUUGCUAUUGUUGACGAUAUCCUGAAUCACAAUAGUGUCUUCGACGUGGGGAUAGAGAAUCGAGACCCUCAACAUGACCAUGAAAGCGACGGUGACAACAACGCUCUCGAUGAAGAGGAUUCUAAAGCCUCUUCAAUUCAAUCUACACCGUCGAGAUCCUCCAGGACAGACACGACUGAUUUAUAUGGUGCAACUCCCAUCAGAGAGGGUGUUCUCUCUCCAAGAGCCGGCCUCCAUAGCUCUCCCGGGCCUGGAACAACAAAUGAUGGUGAUAAUCACCUUGUAGUCGAGACAAUGCAGUCAGUUUCCCGUGCACAAAGUCGCCAUGUGCGUGCGUCAGUCUGGAAUCAAGAUCAACCAAGUCCACAGGGGACGUCACAGACCCAAGACACUGGAUACUUGAGGCUUCUUUCUCGCGUCAUAGCAGCGUCUCAAAGUGCCGCAUUUCCCUCCUUGAGGGCCUUAGACAUGACUGGACUUAUUAAUGAGCUGCACAGUGUUGGGAGCAUGUACGAAUCAUUUGACGGCUUGGACGUGGCUACAAGGUUUCGGUCCACUAACCAAUUUGAGAGAGACAAGAUGGUCGGAGCCGCUGGAGAGCUUUACGUAUUUGAGCUCCUCUCCACUCUUCAGCUCCCAGGUUGGAGUCGAGGCAACUGGCAGAGUACCAUCAGGAAAUAUGUCACCGAGCAUCCAGACUACCAUGAUAUGGGACCGUGGUAUCAACGAGAAACGGCCGAUAUUGUGUACCAGGACGUACAAGGAGAGUUCACUGCCCUGUUAAUUGACAACGGUUAUCUCGGUGAGGAGUGGCGAGCCGCUCGUCCCAAGUACCUCCUUGAGGUCAAGACCAGCACCGGGCCGCUUGCCGCUCCAUUUUACAUGAGCAAGAACCAAUAUCGACUUAUGCAAAAUAUUCACAGCAUCGAGGAUCGUUCUGAGGUUUACAUGAUACUCCGUGUCUUCUGGCUGGACAGUAACAAUAUUGGGAUGAGAGUAUAUCUAGACCCUGAACACAUGAGGCAGGAAGGGGGUUUGAUUUUCACGGGAGAAACUUGGUCGAUUAUUCCAGGCAUUCGUGAUGGAAUUGAUAGAUAG